UCCGGCAUGCGAUGGCGCUGUUCCUCGUCCACCGGUACACUGGUGAUGAAGAAAGUGAGCCAGAAGACCAGUCGCAGGUGCUCUUGCAGCAGCUGCAGGAACGUGCAAGAGCCCGCCAGCUGCAAAAACAGAAACAGGAUCAGCCAAUUUCUGCAGAGCACAGGAGGCCAGAGAAUGAAACCUCUAAAGUUAACCCUAAGAAGGAAUCAAAGCAGGAGAACAAGAAGAGAAAGAGGAGAUCAAGUGAUGGAUCCCCUUGCACAGAAGUCCAAAGAAAGCGAAACAGGCAGCUGCAAGCUGGUCCAGCUGAGGAAGAUGGUUUGAGCAGGAGCAGAACUCCAAAGAGCGGAGGGAAGGCCAAAAAGCCUCCAAGAAGAAUUGAAGCAGGAAGUGACGGUAGCUUGGAGAGUCAUCCAGACAACAGCUGUAUACCAACAGGAGAGAGAGAGGAUAGCUCUACACUUGGAGAGACAGAAAGCCAAAGAAGAGAGGAGCAGAAGACAUUGAAUCAGAAUGGAACUCUUCUAUCUUCUCCCAUGAUUGUCCUUGGCACUUCUGAUCAAAAGGCUGUACAGAAGGUGCAGCCUUUUUUGCCACAGUGGCUUGCUCAGCCCAAGCUAGUCCAGAAGAGGAUUAAAGACAACCUUGUCCCACUUCAGAGCAUUCCAGAAAUCCACCCUAAAUUGAGGAAGAAACUGCAAGCAAAUGGAAUAGAAUCUUUGUUUCCAGUUCAGGCAGAGGUGAUUCCAGCCAUUUUGGAGAGCGUGUCUGGUGGGUUUUUGGCCACGAGGCAUGGUUACCAGCCGAGUGAUAUUUGUGUCUCAGCCCCUACAGGCAGUGGUAAAACACUAGCCUUCGUCAUCCCUGUAGUACAGGCCCUGUUAGAACGAGUUGUUUGCCAGGUGCGAGCCUUGGCAGUCUUGCCCACCAAAGAGCUAGCACAGCAGGUGAGUAAAGUAUUCAACAUUUACACUGAUGGAACGGGAUUGAGAGUCGUCCAGCUGACUGGGCAGAAGUCUUUUGUGAAGGAGCAAGAGUCUCUGGCUGAGAAAAUGCUCACUGGAUUCCGCAGUCUGGCAGACAUUGUCGUGGCCACCCCUGGGCGCCUGGUGGACCAUCUUCAGCAGAGUUCUCAGUUCAGCUUGAGAGAACUUCGUUUCCUGAUCAUUGAUGAAGCCGACCGCAUGAUUGACAGCAUGAACCAGGACUGGCUGUCCCAGGUUGUGAAGGCUGCAUACGGACCUGAUCAAGGCGCUGGACCCUGUCGGCUGUUCAGGAGGGCACCGCAGGAGCCCAUCACAGCAGCCAGGGCCUUCUUCCCCCAGAUCCCUCUGCAAAAGCUCCUUUUCUCAGCUACACUGAGCCGGGAUCCAGAGAAGCUGCAGCAACUGGGCCUCUAUAAGCCCCGCCUCUUUACUUCCAUCCACUCCAAAACCCAGCCUGGUAGCACUGAGGCGCAGCAGGAGAUGGAGAAGAAAUAUAUCCUUCCCGAGGGGCUCUCGCAAUAUUACGUGCCCUGCAGCCUGCGAUCCAAGCCGCUGCUCCUUCUGCAUUUCCUGCUAAGGAUGAAAUUCAGCCGAGUGCUGUGCUUCACUAACAGCAAAGAAACUUCCCACAGGUUGUUCCUUUUAAUUCGAGCCUUUGGUGAAGUGAAUGUGGCGGAGUUCUCUUCCCGGCUGAAUCCAGGAGAGAGGAAACGGACCCUGAAGGAAUUUGAACAAGGAAAGAUCCAGCUCUUAAUCAGCACAGAUGCCACCGCUCGAGGAAUCGACAUCGGAGGAGUGAAAUGUGUGAUCAGCUAUGAUGCCCCUCAGUUUAUCAGGACCUACGUUCACCGGGUGGGCAGAACAGCUCGUGCUGGGAGAGCCGGCCUGGCCUUCACCAUGCUGCUGAAAGUGCAGGAACGCAAAUUCCUGAAGAUGCUGAAAGAAGCCGGCCUUCCUGAGUUGGAACAGCAGCUAGUGAAGAGCGAGAGCCUCAAGCCUCUCCUCCAGCAGUAUGAGGAAGCUCUGGCUGAACUUCAGAAUGUUGUCAAGGAGGAGCAAGCCCUGAAACGAUCCUGA